CACUGGAAGAAAUUCAUAUACACAUACACGCGAACGAACGACUGUAUGUGGAUUCGUGGAGCAAAUCGAAAUUGGCAGGAUUAAAAGCAUUCGCGAACGCACAGGCAGCGGCUAGAGGGCUGCCCACGCACCAAGAACACUAACUAGCCAGCUAAGAGGUCCCCUAACAACCGAUUAAUAUGCAAAAAUCAGCGUAAUUGGCAAGUUCAAUGCACGACUAAUAUAUUUGGCCACACUUGCCAGUGUGCGUGCGCUCGUGUGUGUGUGUGUGCUGUCCGUGUGUGCGUGUUUGUGUGGCCGCGACGAGUAUGUGUGCGUAUCUCGUAUAUUUGCAAGACUCGCGGAUGAAACAGCGUGAAAAGUGAGCGAAACAUCGGGAAAAGGGCAGCCCAGCCAAAGAACUCGAUCCGGACACGGAUGCGGACGAUGGGGAUAUAGAAGAUAUUGUCCAUAUAGCCAACCGCACCACAGUAGGUCGGUCGGGCGACGUCGAGAGUUGGAAAAUCAGGAACGGAACGGAGCUGAGAUGUCAAAGCCGCUCCACUGAGUCAAGUGUUCUGUGUGUUGUGAAAUUUUCCGUCUCCAGCUCGGAAUUCCCCCCGCAAUCGUAAUCUCCCCGCGAUUGAUUCCCCCCAUCAAAAUUUUCAAUUGAACGCAACUCCGCCAUAAACAAAAAUCGAAAAUUCGGCCACUAGUAGCCAAACAACAAAAAAAAUCACGCAGAGAAGAAGAAGCAGCAGCAGCAACCGAAAAAAAAGAAAAGAAAACUUGUUUGAAAAAGGCCGAACCGAAGAAGAAAAAGAGUCGGAGUUUCGAGAAUUUUAGCGUGCUAGGAACGGAGCACAAGCGACGUCACCAAAUAUACGCAUCACCAUGGACGAGGAUGACAACCUGUCCAAUGCCGACAUCAGCAUCGAUGAAGACGAGGCGCGCGAGGCCAUGCAGCAGGAUGACCAGGAUCAGAACCAGGACGAGGACGAGUCGUCCGAUGUGGAUCUUUCCACGGUGUACCAGAGGACGUACACCAUAGACGCGAUAGGUGGCGGAGCACCACCUCGUCCAGUGCGCACCAGUGGAGGAUCAUCGGGAGUAGGAGGAGGAGGAGCAGCAGGAGCAGGAGUAGCUGCAGCCACAACUGCAGCCACCGAUAACUCACAUUCCCCCUUCCACGACUGGGAUUCCAGUGUGGCGGCCGGUGCUCCGCCGCCACCACCGCCUCGGGGAGCCCCUGCAGCUGGAUCUGGCACCAAUCCGGCCUCCUCCACCUCCUCGUCGUCCACUGGCGAUGCUGGCGCCAAGCCGAGCCUCUUCUUUUUUGGCGCCUCGUCCUUCAGUUUGCGCAGUCGCAAGGAAGUGGCCGCCCUGAUCAACACGGAAUGCUGCCGCGGCAGCCCCACGCCCGAUCUCGACUCCAUAAUGGACACCUUGUUUAAUCCGGGCACGCCCAUCGACAAUCUGGACAACAUCGAGUGGAUACGAUGGCUUAUUGCCGGCGGACGCACGCCGCAGGAGUUUGUUAAAAUUGUGCGCAGCUAUGACAACCACGCCAAGUGCGGACUGGUUUGGGUGCCCCAUGUGGUGGCGUAUAGGUGCCGCACUUGCGGCAUCUCGCCCUGCAUGUCCAUUUGCCGCGACUGCUUCAAGAAGGGCAACCACACGAACCACGACUUCAACAUGUUCCUGUCGCAGGCGGGCGGUGCCUGCGAUUGUGGCGACACCUCGGUGAUGAAGGCGGAGGGCUUCUGCAGCGAUCACGGCAUCAACAACCGGGUCAACCGCGACCCGGUGCCCAACAAUCUGUUGGCGGUGGCCGAGGCCAUAAUGCCCAAGCUGCUGUUUCGCCUCCUGCAGCACUUCCGCGAGCACAGCGACACCACGCUCCACGUGCACGCUAUGACGCCGUACUCGUGCGAGGAGUUCGCCAACAUGCUGAUCGAUCUGAACAACAUGGGCGAGAUAAUGCGCAAGGUGAUGACGCGUACCCUGAUCAAUCCGGAGGUAUAUGCUUACUUUAUGGAGGCGCCUUGCCAGGACACACGGAAUGGACGCUUCUUGAAGGCGAACCGGGAGAAGUAUGAGGAUGCUGUGAACCGAUUCCCAAAUCCAGAGCCGCCCGAUGAGUACAGGGAUCUGCCGGCGCUCGGCGACAAACUGGUCCACACCACGUUGCUCGAGGAGUUCAUAUUCUGGACAUUCAAGUUCGAGUUCCCACAGACACUAGUCUGUUUCCUGCUCAACAUGCUCCCCGAUCAGGAUUACAAGGAACACCUCACCCGCACAUUUGUGAUGCACUACAGCCGCAUACCGUCCGUGCUGGAGAUGUCCCGCGAUCCGGACACGUUAAGUAACCGGGUGGUCCAUAUGAGCGUCCAGCUCUUCUCCAACGAAAGUCUGGCCCUCAAGAUGGUCAAUGAACUGUCGCUGCUGCACGUGAUGAUCAUCAGUCUAAAGCUGAUGAUGUCCAAGAUACUCAUACAGAAUACGCUGCAUGAUCCCAGCAAGAAUUUCCACUUUGUCAUCGACUGCACGCGACAGGUGAUGAAGGACCACUGCUACUGGCCGCUAGUCUCGGACUUCAACAACGUUUUGUCGCACGAAUCGGUGGCAUUGGUCUUUCUGAGGGACGACAACCUCAUCGAUAUGUGGUUCCAGUUCCUGCAGAUGCUCCAGGGCAUGAAUGUCAAUGUGCGGGAGACGGCUUCGCAUGUGGAAUUCGAGCCGAACAGUUACUAUGCGGCGUUCUCCUGUGAACUGGAGGCCAGUGCCUAUCCCAUGUGGUCGAUUAUAUCGCAUCUGCAGGAUGGAACACACGCCCACCUGGCCAAAAAGAUCAUCAACUACUGCGUGACGACGCUUCACGAGUGGCUGGACUCUAUUUACUUCAUGGAAGCGCGUCUAUCGAUGGAGGAGAUGAUGCAGGCUUCGUUCCACUUCCCGCUGCAUCGAUAUCUAGCCGCUUUUGUAUGCCAGGCGGUCACAAAAAUGGGAAUCAGUCUGAACGACGUGCUGCCCUCACGUCCUUAUCUCCUGCCCUUGCUGAUGAUCCAUCCACUGCGUGUCCAGAGUUUCUUCUACGAGAUCCUGGCCGGAAAAUGGGUGCGCAACGGGCUGCAGAUCAAGGGCCAGGCGAUGACCUACAUCCAGGCGAACUUCUGCAACUCGAUGGCGGACAUGGACCUGUUCUUCCUGCAGAUCUGCGCCACCAACCUGCCGCAGUACUUCUUCCUGCAGAACACCAUCGAGCUGUUCGACGUGGGCCAGUGGCUGGAGACGGCCCCGCUGAAGCAGCCGCAGAAGGCGGAGCAAUCCUCGAUGCUGGAGGGGUUCCUCACCUUCCUGGCCACCCUGGUGACGAGUCGCACGAACCUGGGCAACGACGAGGCCACCCAGUGCAUCAUCGAGAUCAGUGCCUUGCUGGCCACCGAGAACAAGACGCACUCGCAGCUCCUCGAACUGAUGCCGGAGCGGUCGGGCAAUGUGCACACGAAGAACUUCGAGACCUUCCUCAAGAAGCUAUCCGUGUACAAGGCCCCAUCGAGUGGGAGCGAGAAUCUGGAGCAGGGUCUCUUCACGCCCAUCGACGAGGUGUGGGAGAAGCACUACGAUCCGCUGCACGUCCUCCUGCGGGCUGUCCAUCGGCGGGACUUUCAGUCCUCGCUGGACCGCUACACGAACUACGUGAAGAGCAAGGAUAAGAUGCCGGCUAGUGGGAACCUAUGGCCACCAUUCCGCCUGCCGCAGGCCCUGCCCGCCAACAGCUCCUUCAGCGAUCCCUGCAAGAUUCUCAACUCGCGCGUCUUUCACUCCACCAUCCUGUCCAUAUUGUUCCGGGCCGUGCACACGCGUGACGUGUCCGAGCACCUGCUGGCCCUGGCCGUGUUCCUGCUGGAGAUCGCGGUGGAGACGAGCGAGGAUGUGGGCGGCAGUGGUACCGGCGGCGAUCGUGCUCCGCCCGCGCUGGCCGCCAUGGUGGAGUCCUCGGGCGGACCGGGCUAUCAUGGCUACGGGCCGGGGCGUCAGGAGCCGCCCAAGCUCUUCCAGUGCUAUCCCACGGACAAUCUCAGCUGCAAUCUGCGGCAUGUGGUCAAGAAGGUGUCGCUCAAGUCGCGCGAUCCGCAGGUGAUACCCUCCAGCUACCGCUCGAAUCCAUUCUACUCGGACCUGGACUUCGACGUCGAGGCGGAUCCGGAGCAAUCGUUGCGCAUGAUCGGUCACGUGGACACCGAAAGCAACGACGAGGCAACGGGUGGAGCAACUGGAGCCCUCGGUUCAGUUGGCCUGGGCCCGGGAGCCCUCAGCCGAAGGAAUGUCUCGCAGGCCCUGGUCCCGAUGCGGGUGCCCGGAAUGGAGGUGGCCCUGCCACCGGAUCUCUCGGUGGUGGCCGAAACGGGCGUGGUCAUCCGGCAGGACAGCAGCGAUGAUGAGCUGCUGCGGGAUGGCGACCAUGACAUGGACAUGAGCCCAGCGGCCGCUCUGGACUUCCAUUUUCCGCUGCAGCAGAUCACGUUGCCGGAGAGCGGCAUGGAAGUGGCCAUUCGGCGGGAUCUUUUGCUGGCCGAGACGAAUAAUAUGGGCGCAAUGGGAGGCGUGGGCGGCGGCGUAGCUGGUGGCGGAGCCAAUCCAUCGGUCACAGCGCCCGCGGUGGCCACCAACGAGAUGUUCUCGCCCACCACGCCCACGGGCAGCGGCAUGCUGCUGCCCUUCCAGCGGGUCCAGCCCGUCGCGGUGCCCAGCAGCGUCAACAUGGACAUUGUGCCCUCGAAUGCCUUGGGUGCCGGCGGCAGCUUCGCCUCCGGCGUGAGCGGUAGCGGCACUGGCCGCCGCAUGAACUACGAGACGGGCGGGGCACGCAAGCGAUCCGUGGACAUUGCCAUCGGCGGCAGCAACACGGAUGAGCUGCACCUGGACGAGAGUAUAUUGUCGCUGCUGCUCAAGCUGCACUCCCAGCUCUCCGGCACGCUGGAUAGCUUCUCGUUGAGCGAUGGCGAAGAGCGGCGGCAGCAACAGCAGCAGUCAACUGCUGGGGAUUCCUCCAUGGAUGUGGACUGCAACGAGGCCAGCACCUCGAGCACGGCACUGGCCGAAAGAGGACGUAGCAGCAGCAGCAGGCGCAACUACAAGAACAUCCAUGUGUCCACCUCACGCACCGGCGACGGGCCCUUCUUCAUUGGGAAUCUGUUGCGCAAGAUCGCCAAGCAGGACGAGCAAUGCGCCGUCAGUAUCGACGACAUCCGGGCCCGGCUCUGGCCCAAUCAGCGCGAGAAGCAGGCGGAGGCGAAGGCGCGCGAGACCAAGGAGAAGGAGGAGCGUCGCAAGAAGGCGCGCGAGCGCCAGCAGAAGAUGAUGCAGGACUUUGCCAACAAGCAGAAGCAGUUCAUGCAGUCCGCGGCGGCGGCCGCCAGCAGCAUGGACUACGGUCCCGAGGACGAUGAUGACGAGGAGCUGUACGAGGAGCAGCCGCGCGAGAAGGAGUACGAUUGCAUCAUUUGCAACUGCACCACGCCCAGCACGGAAUCCAAUCCCAUUGGCCUGGUCGUCCUGGUCGAAUCGAGCGGCAUUGUGGGCCACCGACGGCGCAUCGCCGAGCGACUGCCGCUCCCGCUCAAUGCGGAGGAUGAGUCCCGGCUGGAGCGAACCACGCGACUGGCGCACGAGUUUAGCCGGCGCACCGAGCUGCUGAGCCUGAAGUUCGGCGACGAGUCCUGGUAUCUGUCCAACAACAUGGCCUACGACAACGGUGUGCACGUGCAGUCGUGCGGCCAUCAUGUGCAUCUUAGCUGCCUGGAGGCGUACCUCAAGACGCUGUACACCACCCAGCGGCAGCCGGUGCAGGAUCGCGGCGAGUUCUAUUGCCCCGUGUGCCGGCAGCUCUCCAACUCGGUGCUGCCGCUCAGUCCGCAGCUGGACAGGCCCACGCAACUCGUCCGCUCCGGCAAUCAGCCCUUCGAGCGUCUCGUUGCCGACCUCACCGAUCUAAUCAAGGAGAACGAGACGAUACCGCAGCCCACAAAGCUGACAGAGGCCAUGGGCCAUGCCAUGGAGGUGAUGACGAACAUCGCCCAGCGCAAGGUCAAGUGCGCCUCCAUCACGUUCCGCAAGCUGUUCAUCUUUGUGACGUCGAUAGCACGCACCAACCUGGAGGCGGAGAUCAUCCAGCGCGGCGGAUCGCUCUGCACCUCGAAUGCCACGCGCUACAAGCCGAAGCGGGACUGCAUUGUACCGCUGCUGCACGUGCUGUCCGUGCAUGUGCGCGUCCUGGUCGAGUGGCCGCUGUGGAGCAGCUGGGCCUCGCUGGCCGGCCUGCCCGUGAGCGACACGGAACCCCUGCCGGCGCACUGCCUCGAGCUGAUUCCCAGCCUGUUGGCGGAUCCCAUUGCACUGCUGCUCAAGUUCAUCCUGCUGGCGCCACUGCAUCUCGACCAGGAUUACUUCACCUGCAUGGUGAAGGUGAUGUACAACCUGCUGUACUACCAGAUUGUGGUCCAGCUAUGCGUCACCCUCACGGACUUCGAGUGCCAACACAUUCUCAAAGUGUACGGCAGUGGCAGUGGCAGCGGCAGCGGCAGCAGUGACACUUCCGCCGGCGGGGAGACGCAACCGGAGUCGAGUGGCACGUAUAAUCGCCGUCGCGGUGGCAACCACCAGCAGAGCUCCUCGCAGCUGGGCAAGGCCAUGGCCCUGGUGCUUAGUCAGACCAAUGAGUUGGCUCACUUGCGCAGGGACUGCAUACCCAGUACCAGCAGCUCGGCGGCAGCGGCAGCAGGUGCUGGCUCUAGCUCAGGAUCGGGAUCGGGAUCGUCCAUCUCCACCUCGGCAACAGCAUCAAGCAACUCGUCGCCGAACGAUGUGUAUCUGAAGUCCAUGGAACUGCAUCUGCAGUCGCUGUGUCUGCCCUUCUUGCGAGUGGCUGCCCUGCUGCGCCAGCAUCUGUAUCGCCACGAGAUGCCCGAGAUCUCGGCCCCGGGAUUGGAGUUUGUGCGUCUCGUCUACUAUCUGGAACUGGUCACCGACUCCAUGGACUGGGACUGCUUCAAUGCCAGCAAGGGCCUGUGCUUUAUACCCGGCACCGAGCAGACGCUGCCGCAGUUCUGGUGCCAGCAGCUGAUGGAAGUGCGUCCGCCGGCGGAUACGGUCAGGGAACUGGUGCUCAUCAAUCAGCACUCGCAGUGGCAUCAGCCGCGACUGCUCGAGCUGCCGCGCGAGUACGAACGCUUGUUCACGUACUACCAUGAGCGACCCUGCCUCAACUGCUACAAAGUGCCCAAGGAGAGCUCCAUCUGCCUGCUGUGCGGGAAGAUCGUGUGCCUCAAGCAGAACUGCUGUGCGGAGAACGACUGCUGCGAGGCUGUCCGGCAUACGCUAUCCUGUGGCGGCGGCAUUGGCAUCUUUUUGGUGGUCACCUCCACGUACAUCAUCGUUAUCCGUGGACGACGCGCCUGCCUUUGGGGCUCGCUGUAUCUGGACGACUUCGACGAGGAGGAUCGCGAUCUCAAGCGCGGCAAACCUUUGUAUUUGAGCCAAGAUCGCUUCAACCUGCUGGAGUCGCAGUGGCUGUCCCAUAAGUUUGCUCACACAAAACACACCUGGGUGUUCCAUCGGGAUCUCUUGUGAAAUAUGGAAGACCUACUGCGUAGCAUCCAGGAGCUGGUUGGCCAGAUCUGAGAUGGGAUUGGAUGCGAAAAACAGUCAACAAUCAACAGUCAGCCGCCAGCCGCUCCCCGCCUAGUCGAACCAGUCAACCCUUCGUUCUCGAGAUUCCCACAACCACACAUCCCCUCCAAUCACUAGCCCAUACUAACCCAACCAAACCCAUCUAAACCCAAAUAAACCAAGCCCAACCCAACCCAACCAUGUGUCCCCUAAGUUAAAGCGAGUUUCGUUUAGGAGUAGGAGUAGGACACCAGACCACCAGGUCACGUUCUGUCCGCUGUCUGCGUCCGUAUUCGCUUACGGUCACCCCCCAAUUCAUCCAGCCAUCCAUAUAUUCAUCCAUCCAUACCCCCACACACUUAGAAGCAACGUCGGCAAUUUGCAAUUAAUUGAUAUUACACAUUUUUAUAUAUAACAAUACUUAUAAAUAUGGAUGCAAAACUACAGCUAUUCGAUUGUUUUGUUGUCAAAACUGUUCAACUGAGAAUCGCAUAAUACACACACACACACACCUUAUAUAGAAAUCCGCAUAAUCUCGCGAGCAACAACAAAAUAUUUAACAACAAAUUUAGUGCGACUUAUAAAUAUAUACAUAUAUAUUUAUAUAUAUAUAUAUAUAAAAAAACCCGAAAGAAACCGAAGUGUAAGCACCGCGCGGGUCUCUCUAAUUGCGUUCAACCUAAACUAAGUCUUAAGUCCUUAACUUGAUAGGUUUUUUUUUUUAGGGAAACAAAGGCAAGAAAGCAAAUAACAAAUAACAAAUAACACACGAUACACAAUACAUAAUACACAAUAUAACAAUUGUCAACUUUGGCCUCAUGAGUAUGUGCAUGUAAAAAAUGAAAAACGAUUAUUAGUUAAUAUAAAUAAAUACCAUAUACACUAAAGUUAAUGCAAAACAAAAACGAAAAAAAAAUAUACAAAAAAAAAACAAAAAAAAACAAAAACAAAAAGAAAACAACCAAUAAACGAAAAGCGAAUUGUGAAUUGCGUAGAAAUUAGUUUGCAUAUACCGCAUUACACAUAAAUAUUAUGUAAUUAAGAGCGUGGAAGCAUAAAGCAUCAAGAAAAACAAAUGAUUGAUGGAGAGGGUUAUCUGAAUUGGGAGUGAAUUUGUUAUUAGUUUUUACCAAUUGUGCGUUAUGUAGGCGGCGCUGCAUGGGAAAUACGAUAUUGUUUCAAUCCUAAACUUGAUCACAUCCAAAUGUUCUCAGUUUGAACGAUCAAAUUGAUGAACAACUGCAAAGACUAGCUAAUAUUUCAAUGACUCGAGUUGCAGGACUAGGAACUAAUAUAUAAGGUUUUUCUAGAAAUUCAACAUAAAUAAAACCUGGUUGUCUAGUAAUUGGUAUUUGAAUUUCCAUCGAGUUAUAGAACAAUUGCAUGUGAGUUACACACAAAAGACAUGGAAAAUAUUGCUGCGAAUUGUAAAUACACUAUCUUGUAUAAUUAUAUAUUAAAAUAUCACAUUUUUCCUUUUUUUUUUUUUGUUUUUGCUAGCUAUACAAAUCUAGAUGUUUCAGUUGGCCUCCUAGACUAACUAAAAAAUACUACUCUGCAAACUACAAAAAAAAAAAAAAACAAAAAACACACACGAUUUAAGAGAUUAAAUGGCACAGCAAAGCAAGACACACACUCACACAAACACACACACACCCCCUAGUACUCUAGUACACCCAAAAAAGAUAAUGUAAACAUGCUGCAUUCUGAGUGACAAACCGAAAACCCUGAAUAAAAUUGAAAAAUCAAUACAAAAGAGAA